CAGAAAUUUCCCUCUUAAUUUCAGCUUUCAUUGCCAAACACUAUAGUCAGUGGCCUAGUUGUUUUCUCAAUGAGGAAAGGUUCCACUCUCCAAUGUGCACUUUUGUGCUUCUGGGUUCCUUUCUUGCUUAUUGCCAGCUUCAAUCAUGCUACUUUUGUUAGGGCAAGAACAACUGAGGUUUCAGGGAAUGCAGUGAACACAGAUGGGAAGGUUGUGAAUGAAGAGCUGACAAAGACAAAUCAAAAUGGACAUGAUGAAGAAGCAAAAUUCAAAGGGUUUUUUCAUCCAAAACCAAUCUUCAAGAAGACAAUUCCAAAUUUUAAGCCUGAACCAAAGAUUAUUCCUGUUCCAGUGUAUAAGCCUGUACCAAAAAUAAUUCCAAUUGUUAAGCCAAUUCCUGUAUUUAAGCCUCACCCAAAACCAAUUAUAGUGAAAAAGCCAAUCCCAGCUGUUGAGACAGAGUCAUUUCUAAAGCCAAAGCCUUUCUUUAAAAAGCCUAUUAUUCAUAAAAUACCACUUCAUCCCAAAUUUGAGAAACCACAUUUACCACAUUUUCCAAUUCACAAGCCAAUUCACAAGCCAUUUAUUCCAACUCCAUGGAGUGAAGAGUUGACAAAGGCAAACCAAGAAGGACACGAUGAAGAAGCAAAGUUUAAAGGGUUUUUUCCAAAACUAAUAAUCAAUAAGCCUAUUCCAAUUGUUAAGCCUGUUCCAAAGCCAAUUCCCAUUGUUAAGCCUAUACUAAAGCCAAUUCCCAUUGUUAAACCUAUUCUAAAACCAGUUCCUAUUGUUAAACCAGUACCGAAGCCAAUUCCUGUUAUCAAGCCUAUCCCUAUUCCAGUGUAUAAGCCUAUGCCAAAACCAGUUCCCAUUGUUAAACCACUUAUAGUGAAAAAACCCAUCCCUACUGUUAAGCCAAAAGAAUUUCUAAAAUCAAAGCCUUUCUUUGAAAAGCCUAUUCCCAAACUACCAGUUAACCCCAAAUUCAAGAAACCACUUCUACCACCUUUGCCAAUUCACAAGCCAAUUUCAAUUCCAUAA